AUGAUUGAAGUUAUUUUGAACGACCGUCUGGGGAGGAAAAUCCGCGUCAAGUGUAACCCGGACGACACCGUCGGAGAUCUAAAGAAACUUGUCGCUGCCCAAUGCGGCACAAGAGCAGACAAAAUCCGCAUUCAAAAGUGGUACACAAUCUACAAGGAUCACAUCACUCUCGAGGAUUACGAGAUCCACGACGGAAUGGGGCUAGAGCUGUACUACAACUGA